CUUGCCCCUGCCUCUGAGGAGCUUGAGCGCGGCCGAGCAGGAGAGAGUGGCAGUGAAUGUGUCUGCGGCAGCGUUUAGCAUUUAAAAAACACAAACUACGGCUGAAGAAGAGUGGACCGAGCCCCGCGGCAGUUCGAGACGACCUCGGCGGACCAUGGACUAUGAUAAAUUGUAAACAGAGGCUGGUAACGGCGGGCUGUUUUGACGACAAGCGGCUUAUUGAACAUCUGUAGAGCAUAAUGAGGGCAUCCGCUAUUCUUUACGGUGGUUUUUCCUCCGAGGUUUAGUUAGACGCAGAGUGACAGUAUUCAUAAAUGCGUCGCUUUUAGACAUCCUCUGAAGGAAUAGACACACCGAGGGGGACGUAGCCUGCAGAUAUUUAGUUAAUUCCCUCCUCCCAUGGCCCCCAGGGAACAGUGAAGUCAUUUGAGAAGUCACCGGAGAAGAAGACACGUCUUAAUCAUCUCGAUAGUUUUACACAGUUUUGCGAGGAAAAUCGACUCUCCCUUCAACCAGACUCCCGUUGCGUUCUCUCUGUUUUGAAAAUCUUACAUGGUUUUGCCUUUCUGAGCUUUCAUCGCCAACCCUCCAGUGGGCAUUUCCCCCGUUAAAGGAUGCCGGAUCAAAUAUCGGUGUCCGAGUUUCUCUCGGAGACAACAGAGGAUUACAAUUCCCCGACAACAUCCAGCUUCACCACCCGACUGCAGAGCUGCAGGAACACAGUGAAUGUGCUGGAGGAGGCGUUGGACCAGGAUAGAACCUCCCUGCAGAAGGUGAAGAAAUCAGUGAAGGCCAUCUACAAUUCAGGGCAAGACCACGUUCAAAAUGAAGAAAACUACGCCCAGGCUCUGGACAAAUUUGGCAGCAACUUCAUCAGCCGAGACAACCCUGACCUGGGAACGGCCUUUGUCAAGUUCUCAUCCCUCACCAAGGAGCUGUCCGCCCUGCUGAAGAACCUGCUCCAGAGUCUCAGCCACAAUGUGAUCUUCACCCUAGACUCGCUGCUGAAGGGCGAUUUGAAAGGCGUAAAAGGGGACAUAAAGAAGCCCUUUGACAAAGCAUGGAAAGACUACGAGGCCAAGUUCACAAAGAUAGAGAAGGAGAAACGAGAGCACGCCAAACAGCACGGGAUGAUCCGCACUGAGAUUACCGGGGCUGAAAUUGCUGAGGAGAUGGAGAAGGAGCGGCGUCUUUUUCAGCUCCAGAUGUGUGAGUACCUGAUCAAAGUAAACGAGAUCAAGACCAAGAAAGGAGUGGACCUCCUCCAGAACCUGAUUAAGUAUUACCACGCACAGUGCAAUUUCUUUCAAGAUGGCUUGAAGACAGCCGAUAAGCUGAAGCAGUACAUUGAGAAGCUGGCAGCUGAUCUCUACAAUAUCAAACAAACUCAGGAUGAGGAGAAGAAGCAGCUGACUGCCCUGCGAGAUCUGAUCAAGUCCUCCCUCCAGCUGGACCAGAAGGAGGACUCGCAGAGUAAGCAGGGUGGGUACAGCAUGCACCAGCUGCAGGGAAACAAGGAGUUUGGCUGUGAGAAGAAAGGCUACCUGCUGAAGAAGAGUGAUGGGCUGAGGAAGGUGUGGCAGAGGAGGCAGUGCUCAGUGAAGGGAGGCAUCCUCACCAUCUCUCAUGCCACAUCCAACAGGCAGCCAGUCAAACUCAACCUGCUCACCUGCCAGGUCAAACCGAGCGCAGAGGACAGGAAGUGCUUUGAUCUCAUUUCUCAUAACCGAACAUAUCAUUUCCAAGCUGAAGACGAACAGGAGUUUGUUAUCUGGAUAUCGGUGCUGACCAACAGCAAGGAGGAGGCAUUGAACAUGGCGUUUCGUGGCGAGCAGAGCAGCGGAGGAGAGGACGGUUUAGAGGACCUUACCAAAGCCAUCAUAGAAGACGUGCUGCGCAUGCCAGGCAACGAAGUCUGCUGCGACUGCGGAGCCACAGACCCUAAGUGGCUUUCCACCAACCUGGGGAUCCUCACCUGCAUCGAGUGCUCUGGCAUCCACCGAGAGAUGGGGGUCCACAUCUCCCGCAUCCAGUCCAUGGAGCUCGACAAGCUAGGAACCUCAGAACUCUUGCUGGCCAAGAAUGUAGGGAACAGCAGUUUCAAUGAGAUCAUGGAGGGCAACCUCCCUUCCCCCUCACCAAAGCCCACUCCCUCCAGCGACAUGACGGUGAGGAAAGAGUUCAUCAACGCUAAGUACGUGGACCACAAGUACGCGAGGAAGACAUGCACGUCUGCGGCAGCUAAAAUGAUCGAGCUCUUUGAGGCCGUUCAGUCCAGAGACCUGCUGGCCCUCAUCCAGGUCUACGCAGAAGGGGUGGAGCUUAUGGAGCCGCUCCCAGAGGCGGGGCCGGAAGUUGGGGAGACAGCACUGCACUUCUCUGUACGGACUGCUGACCAGACCUCACUGCACUUGGUGGACUUCCUCGUGCAGAACAGUGGUAACCUGGACAAGCAGACGGAAUGGGGGAACACUGCCCUGCAUUACUGCUGCAUGUACGAGAAGCCCGAGUGCCUCAAGUUACUCCUGAGGGGCAAGCCGGCUACUGACAUCACCAAUCAGAAUGGAGAGACGGCUCUGGAUGUUGCCAGGCGACUGAGGAACACUCAGUGUGAGGAGGCGCUCGUGCAGGCAGCAGAGGGGAAAUUCAAUCCUCACAUCCAUGUGGAGUAUGAUUGGAGCCUCAGACUGGAGGAAAUGGAUGAGAGUGAUGACGACCUGGAUGAUAAGCCCAGUCCCAUCAAGAAGGACCGCUCCCCGAGGCCUCAGAGCUUCUGCCACUCCUCCAGCCUCUCCCCCCACGACAAGCUCUCCCUGCCGGGCUUCAUCAGCCAACGGGACAAGCAGCAGCGUUUGUCCUACAGCGCCUUCACCAACCAGAUGUACAGCGCAUCCACCGACCUCACCUCCUCCCCUGUGGCCGACGGGCCGCCGCUGCCACCCAGAAAUCAGGGCAAAGCUCCACACUUGGCAUUCCUUGGCUCUCAUUCGCACUACGCCACACUGGCUGGCACUCGACCAUACAUCACUCCUCCCCCAUCUGGCCCUCCCUCUACACUCACACCAGGAGGCAGCUCCACCCUGUCCAAGAAGAGGCCUCCGCCCCCACCUCCUGGACACAAACGCACCCUGUCUGACCCACCCAGCCCGCUCUCUCACAGUCCACACAGUAAAGGGGGCUUGACUGGGGGAAGCGACUCCACUCCACCCCCCGUUAGCAAGAUGUCUCCUGUUUCGAACAAGUUUGAAGGCAUUCCUCAACAGCAAAGCACUACUUCAAGCAACACAAAGUCUACACUUGGUCCAAGGGUUCUUCCCAAACUACCUCAAAAAGUGGCAUUGCGGAAGAUUGACACCAUACACCACCCGUCUAUGGAUAAGCCCAGCCUUCCUCCUGAGGUCUUCCAGAAGUCCCCACCAGCAACUGACACCCUGCAGAAAGCUCCUUUGACUGAAAGGCCUCAGCUUGGAGACCUGCCCCCCAAACCACAGCCGUCUGAACUUCCCCCCAAACCCGGAGAACUUCCUCCGAAGCCACAGCUCUCUGACCUCCCUCCUAAACCUCAGCUGGGAGACCUCCCGCCCAAACCCCAGCUCAAAGACCUCCCCCCCAAGCCGCAUCUCGCAGACAUCCCCCCCAAGCCUGGAACGGUCGAGUCUGCUCCCAGGCCGCCUCCUGGUGAGACGACGCAAAGGCCUCAAACGCAACCUCCACCUCCACCUCAAACUCAACCUCAGCCACAACCUCAGCCACAGCCACAGCCUCAGCCUCAAGACUCUCCGUCACCUAAUCAGCAAGCAAAUAUAGCGACCCCCUCCCACCAGCCUGCUGAAGACACCAAUGGGACUCCAGCAGGAACUGCAGAGACACCCGUGCCGCUCCCGAGGAAGAUCAACACGGGGAAGAGCAAAGCCCGUCGGGUGAAGACGAUCUAUGACUGCCAGGCUGAUAAUGAUGACGAACUGACCUUCGUUGAAGGAGAGGUGAUCAUAGUUACAGGAGAGGAGGACCAGGAGUGGUGGAUCGGGCACAUUGAAGGAGAUCCGGAAAGAAAAGGGGUGUUCCCAAUGUCUUUUGUGCACAUCCUGAGUGACUGACAGCCAGAGAGACUUGCACUACGCCUCUCCCUAAAUUGGGAGCUCCUGUAAAUAGCUAUCAUAAUAACCCUUGUCACACGACAAGUGUCCUAAAGAAAAAAAAAAAAAAAAACAAUGAAGAAGAAAGCUGAGAAGGAUCAUCUAGCCAUGGAUGCCUCAUCCAUGCUGUACAAAGAAUGUGUGUAUUCUUCCUCUACCAGUAUUAUCUUAACCCUAUAGCACGGCUGUGACAAAGCCACUCUCAGAACCCUAGCACUUACCUAAAAGUCUAUGUUUAUGCUGUUACUGUGUAUAUAUGUAUGUAAAUAUAUAUAUUUGUGUGUGAGUGUAUAUACAUGUUUUAUUGUACAAAACAUGUACCAUUGCUCUCUACCUGUCAGAUUAAGCAUCAGGGCGGUAGAGUUUUAAUUUUAUCUGUAUUAAUUUUACUGGCCCCUCAAGUAAUUAUCAGCUUAUAUUCCUGGAAAAAGGACAAAUAAGAAAAGGAAUGUGAAAUAGGUCAUGUCACUAUUUGUGUCUUGCAUCCCCGUUUUACCACCAUAAUUGACAGAAGAGGCAGGAGUCUCCCACUGAUCUCCCCGAGAUGAAAAGAAUUUCAUUAGAUGUACCCCUUGUUCUUGCUUGCUUUGUGUGUACAUGUAUUAUGGUUGUUUUUACAGUAUAGAAACCUGCUGCUACUGUGUGGUGGAAUAUCAAAGCCUGUGGUUCACUGUAGGUCACUAAUUUACUCCUUGUUACACUGUUCACUGUACGUAUGCUCGGUGUGUGAACUCAACGCCACCCCCACAGUCCCUUGACCUUUUCUGUGCAUGGUGUAACAAUGACUGGAAUUGAGUGGUGUGCUGCGUUAGAAGACGCUCACCUCAGGGUUUGAAGAGCCACUAUUAAUUAAGCAGGACUUACACAAAUGGUAUCCUGCUAAAGCCACUAUUAAUGACAAGUACGGGAAACUCAAGAGGACAUAUUAGCAAUAACUUGAUUUUCUGACAGGCUAGAAGUUUCACAACAACCUGUGUUCACAAUUCAGUGUCUUGUAAAACCUCAAGCUUUUUUAUUUGUAUUUUUUUUAGUUUGAGUCAUGUAAUAUCAU